UUUUUUUCUCAAGGAGAUUAAAGCGAAGAACAGAGUUUGUCGUGUGGAUGGGAAAGAUUUGAUUUUUAUUUUCGUUCUCAGUUUUUGUUCUUCUGAACUGAGAGCUAAAUGUAAACCGGUAAUAAUCAUCAAUUGUGUAUGGCGAAUCUGCUAUAUCUUCAGCUUUCUUCUUCCGUCGUCAGAGACAGAUUCUGUUCCAUGAACUGCGAUUUUGAUCUCUGUCCAAGUAUCGUGAGCCGCAGCUCUUUUGAUUGUCGAGCCUCCCGCAGACCUAUCUGGGAGGAGGAGCUCUUCCGCGACGAAGGGUUUGCUCGUUUUGAGUUCGGGAACCGUAAGAAGAAGAAACCGUGGUGGUUGGACAAUGAUGAUGAUGAUGAUGAUGACGAUUGGAUGGUUGAAGAAGAAGAGGACUGGACUAUGGUUUUUGAGGUAUUUAGGACUUUGAGUUGGAUGCUUGCACCCAUUGGCAUGUCAUUGCUUCUUGGAACAGAUUUAAACGCGGGUUUAAUGGCAUUAGCAGUUCCUUUAGUACAGUCUGUGUUGUCUCUUGUGGUUAGUAAGGUCUGGAGCAGGUCAAGCAUUAGACCUAUGAGAAGAAGCAGAAGAGAUACAUUUUCAAGAUCUGGGAGUGUAGGUAGUUCAAGAACAAGGAAAAGUAAGCAAGGAGAAAACAUGAGGGGUGGUGUGGAUAAGGGAGGAUACAAGUCAUGGAUGGUAGGAGAUGCUGAUUCUAACAGCAUGGGUUCUGCUGGAUAUGGAGGAUGGGAUGAUCUAGACACGCUAAGGGAGAUUAGAGAUGACUAUUCGGCAAACGAGAAUGUUCGUCCAAAGCAACAGUUUGAAAGAAAUGCUAGUCGCCGGUGGAGAGUUAAGGAGAAGCCAUUGCUCUUGAGGAUGCUUAUUGCUGCCUUCCCUUUUUUGAGUUCAUGGACCAGAUUGUUAUUUUGACAAGGGGUCUUGAUUGGUCAUCAAAUAAAUUCAAUCGUCCUGAAAUCCUAAAGGUUAGCUUUCAAUUAUCUUGGAACUUAGAAGUUAGAAAACACCCCUUACUUGUGAUAACUAUGCAUAUUCUGUAAGUUGAGAAUAUAUACCUGUCAGAGAUUUGUGUUUCUAUAAAUACAAAUGUGUAAUAGUUCUUGUUUUGUAUAGCCGAAUUAGUAUCUUCCGUUUUAAUAUAAUCAGCACCAGUAAUUGGUGAUGGCGUACCA